AUGGUUGCAAUUGAGGAUUAUAUUGUGGACGAUUAUCCGACAGAUCCUACUCCACCAUCUGCCCUGAUAAAACCAAUCGAUCUGAAAAACAUAGGAUAUUUACAAAAAAUUCCCACACAUGUUGAUUGUCCCGCCUGUCGGGCGGUAGGCAUGAGUGUGGUGCGUUUAGAGGCGGUAACUUGUUUGCAAAAAUUUCUCAAGGCCACCAAUUUGUGUAAAACUGCCGAAAGCCGUUAUGACAUCAAUCAUUACUGCAAUGCCUGUGGUUGUUAUAUUGGCCGUUAUGUGGCCAUAAAUUGUGCCGAACGUUGUUUGUCGAAACAGGCUCGCAAAAAGGCAGCUGCCGACAACUUAACUUUGCGGGAAGAAUCGAAAAAUUGGGCUAAGAAAAUUCAAGAAUCGCGAGAGAGAGUAUUAGCCAAUAUGGCCAAGGAGCGAACGGAAAGGAAGCAAAAAGAAAAGUCAGCAACUGAUGAUGGAAAUGAAAAGGAAGAAGAAAACAAAUAA